AUGGCGACUAAGGCAGCAUUCAAGCGGCUCACGCGAGAGUACCAAAAUAUCCAAAAGAACCCCCCGCCAUUCAUCGUGGCGCAUCCUUCCGAAACGAACAUCCUUGAGUGGCACUAUAUCCUGACCGGACCCCCGGGGACUCCAUACGAGAAUGGACAAUACUGGGGCACCUUGAUGUUUCCUCCGGAAUACCCCUUUGCCCCUCCGGCGAUUCGCAUGCACACUCCGAGCGGUCGAUUUCAGCCAUCCACUCGCCUCUGCCUGAGCAUUAGUGACUUCCACCCCAAAUCUUUCAACCCCGCAUGGGAGGUCUCGACGAUCCUGAUCGGACUUCUUUCAUUCAUGACAAGUGAAGAGAUGACCACGGGCAGCGUCAGCGCAUCGGAGGGUGAGCGCAGAGUACUGGCCGCCCGAUCGCGAUGGUGGAACUCGACCGGCGGAGGCUCCCACGCCAGCGCCACACCGGGAGUGACAAAAACCUCCAAGGGCAUCAAUAAUGUGAAGGCGGGAGAUGGCGGAUUAAAGUUCCGCACGGAAUGGCCGGAGUUGGAUCAAGAGAACUGGACCUGGAUGAAAGAGCACCGCAUCGACACCACCACGGGCCAGAUCCUCCCGGAUCCCGAUGCACCUACUAAAUGUUCACCAGAAACCAGUGCUUUACGUCGGCGCCCGAACGGUAGUGCACCGGGAAUCGGAGCGGUGAUGGAGGGAGGCCAUGUGGCUCGGGAAGCCGGACAGGGAUGGGCACGACGAAACCGAGUAUGGAUCGGAUUAGCGGUACUUUUCGGAUAUGCGCUACUAUCUCGGCUAGUGAGUGAUGUGCAGGGAUAG